UGCAAAUUGAUCAUACAGGCACCCAAGAGUCAGAAUAAUACAACACACCACCGCGACCAUGGCAGACCACCUCCAACACUCCGUCUCAUCCCUUCAAUCCUCCCUCCAACUCCUCGACUCCUCCAUCUCCACCCUCGACGCCGGAGUCAGCGACUUCCCCCGCCUAUCCAAGGUCCUCCAAACCACCCGACACUUUGAACUCCUCCCCGAACCCACCCUCCGCGAAGCGCAGCAAUCCCUCCUCGACGAAAUCACCCCCAGCAUCGCCCACCUCCUCGAACUGGCCACCAACCACGUUGAGAAGCUCUCGCGGCGCGAGCAGGGGCUCCGCGCCAAGUGCGAUCUGCAGCAGGGGCGACUAUACUCCAACGAGGAGCGACAGCAGCAGAAGAGACAGCUGGCCAACAAACCCAAACCCAACCCCGGUGGUGCGUUCGGUGACCGGCGGCAGGCGGCGGCGGCGGCCGCAGCCAGCAACGCGGCCAAGGCGGCCGAGCUCCGGCGACUGAUUCAGAAGAAAGAACGCCUGCAGUACGCGGUCGAGCGGCUGGAGCUGCAGGGGAAGCAGCGCGAACGGCAGCUGCGCAAGAGUAUGGCUUUUCAGUGAAAAUGCGGGCGUGCUGUCGGAUAGGAUAUGACUUUUAUUAUUUGUUGGUCGGAGCGGGGAGUGCCUGCCAAAAUCUCUCGAGCAGGGUCGGUCCGCAUGGCCAGAUGUGAAAUGACGGGACUCGUGUCCUGGGCUCGCUUGACUUGCGGGUUCG